AUCUUCACGAGCCUCCGCGAAAAAGGUAUUAUUAUUCCCCUCCCCCCUCAUUUCUCCCACUCUUUUUCCCCCUCCAAAACCCUAAAGUUUCGAUCUUUUUCACCCUUUCGAUGAGAUCUCCCGCUCAAUCGAUCCAAAAUGGCCCGAAUUUCCGAUUUGAGGAGUCAAAUUUGAGCUCGAAUUCGCCGUCGGUGGUUCGGUGAAGCCCCAAUUUUGAUUUGAAUUCGCAGGUGGGUUUGGAUAUGGAGUACUCUAGGGUUUGGGUUGGGGAUCUUUUUGUCCUAAUUUUAUCUGCUUUGGGCUUUGAUUUGUAGCCUAGUGUAGAUCUUUAGUGGAGAGGUUUGAUCAAAAUUGUAAUUUUUUGGGCAAGUUUUGCAAAUGGCAAUGUACAGAGGGUUUCAGAUACUGUGUAAUCUUCUAAAACCAUGGAAACAGAAGCUGAAAUUUCUGUUCAAUCGGCGGAAAACGGUGUAUUAGUAGAAGAUUACUCUCCGAAGCAUGUUGUCCCGCCUACAAGAACGGCGAGCCGGACGACUAGUCCCUCUCGGCAAAAAGUGGUUAAGACCAAGCCGCGCGGAUUCGACGAAGAAACGGUCACCACAUUCGCGAAAGCUAUUCAUGCCGAUGUCCAAAUGGAAGACAACAUUUGGGCUCUACUGCCCGAGGAUUUGUUGGUCGAGGUUCUCGCCCGCGUGCCUCCAUUCUUCAUCUUUAGGUUGAGAUCGGUUUGUAGGAGAUGGAAUUCGAUCCUUAACGAUAGUAGCUUCCUCGCUGCACAUUCUAAAGUCCCUUCUCAUGGGCCUUGUCUUCUUACGUUUUGGAAGAACUCAUUAACCCAUCAAUGUUCGGUACUGAACUCAUUAACCCAUCAAUGUUCGGUACUCAGCUUGCCGCUGAAGACCUGGUAUAAAAUCCCAUUUGGUUUUUUGCCCGAGUGGGCAUUCUGGUUGGUCGGCUCUUCUCGCGGGCUUGUUUGCUUUUCUGGGUUCGAUGGGUUUAGCUUUAAAACUCUUGUAUGUAAUCCACUAACUCAAAGUUGGAGGACUUUGCCAAAAAUGCAUUAUAAUCAACAAAGGCAGCUGAUAUUGGUCACCGAUCGAACGGACCAUUCAUUUAAGGUUAUUGCAGCGAGCGAUAUAUAUGGAGAUAAAACACUACCGACAGAAGUUUAUGAUUCAAAACUUAAUAAGUGGUCUCUUCAUCAGGUCAUGCCGGCAGUUAACCUUUGUUCAUCAAAGAUGGCGUUUUGCGACUCUAGGCUAUAUUUAGAAACUCUUUCGCCACUUGGCUUAAUGAUGUACCGGGUCGAUAUCGCGCAGUGGGAGCACAUACCUGCGAAAUUCCCGCGUUCUUUAUUGGACGGUUAUUUAGUGGCAGGUGCACAGAGACGGUUAUUUCUGGUGGGGCGGAUUGGGCUUUACAGCACUCUUCAGAGCAUGCGGAUUUGGGAGUUGGAUCAUGCUAAGACAGUGUGGGUGGAGAUCUGCAGGAUGCCGCCAAAGUAUUUUAGGGCACUGUUGAGAUUAUCUGCAGAACGAUUCGAGUGCUUUGGGCAGGAUAAUUUAAUUUGCUUUACUUCUUGGAACCAAGGGAGAGGGCUUCUUUAUGACGUGGAUAAGAAAUUGUGGUCGUGGAUUACUGGGUGCGCUAUCCAACUGUGCAAUAGCCAAAUCUGCUUUUAUGAGCCAAGAUUUGAUACUUCAAUCUAUUGAUAAUGCGACUUGUGUUUUCAUUGACAAAAAGGGUGCCACACCUUCAGAGAUAACAGUAUUUUCUUUCUAGUGAGGAAAAAGUCAUAUUGCGAGAUUCUUUGUGAGGAUGCAGUAUGGGAGACGCAAAAAGAUGAGCAGCAAGAUACUAUCCUAAUAUAUUAUCCUCAUCAAGAUGGCAGUUGUAUGGUGAAUCUGAGGAACUUCACUUACAUUUCUUCUUAAUACUCUGACAAUGUCCAGUAAGGCAGGCUCGUCUCUAACAGGAAGCAAAAUCAGCUGCAUUUCGGCAUGUGAAGUCAUCGGAAUUACAGAAAAGGAAUGCCUCAAUCCUUUUCUGCAUCAGUGUGGCUUUGUGAUGAAGCAAUUUUUUAACUGAUUUAAUUUUUGCGCACGCUUAUUGUUGCAAAAUGGGUGUAUCAAUUGGUGCUUCCUGAAGAUCUGUUUGAUCAAUGAUGGUGGACUCAAUCAACUGCCCUAACAAAAUGAAGUGACUUUAUCUGACAUCUGUGAGUUGCCAUUUGAAGAGUACUGUAUCAUAAUUCAAAAAAUUUCCUUUAAUCUCUUUAAUGAUUUUCCUUUUCUUGUCAGAGAAAUUCUGUUCUCAAAAAUGAAGUUUGUUGGUACUUUUUUUUUUGUAACACAUUUUUUUUAUGCUUUUAAUGAUGAACUCUACGUAUCUAUUGGAGUACCAAAAUAUAUAGAAUGAGGUUAGGUUGUAACUAUAGGUACAACGUUAGCGGAUGACCUUAUCCUGGCCCUUCGUCCUUAGCUGUUCUCAUCUCCUUAUUUUGUAGCUUUGUAUGUAAUAUUGACUAAGUUGUCGGUUAGUCUCUGAUUGUAGACUGUGGACAAGAUGAUUUUUUGUGUAAGCUCAAUGUCAAUCAUUUCUUUUUUCUCCCGCAAA